AUGGCCGCAAGAUUCAGAAAAAUGCUGAUAGGUUCCGAUUCUAAAGGUUCAGACAUGCAUCAUCCCAAGGGAGCUGAUCUAUUCCUUCUACCAAUAGAGGUUUUCGAUCAUCCUAGGGGCGGUGUGUCAUCAGGCGAGUUGUUCACGAAGAAUUCACAGCAACCGACGCUAUCCUUUGCGGCACAGGAGGCGACACACAAAGGGGAACCUGCGUUGAUUUUCCCACAGGCAGCGGUCGAAGCUCUGACCAGUCCAUUUCGUUUCGCAUUGAUUGGGAAAUUCUCUAGAGGAAGACCGAAGUUGGAGGAGGUGAGGAAGUUCAUUGCAUCGCUGGAUUUACGUGAGAACCCGGUGGUGGGCUUGUUGGACGUAAGACAUGUGUUAAUUCAGUUGAACAAUAAAGCUGAUUUCCAUCGUGUAUGGUUUAGGAGGAUCUGGUAUGUGUCUUCCUUCCCCAUGAGAGUAUUCAAAUGGACCACGGACUUCCAUGUUGACAGGGAGUCGUCGGUGGUUCCGCUGUGGUUUCAAUUACCAAAACUCCCGCUGCACUUUUUCAAUAAGGAGGUGAUUUUCCAGAUUGCUUCUAUGGUAGGUAACCCUUUGUUGGUUGAUGUGGCUACCCUGGCGGUGUCACGGUCAAGUGUGUCACGGCUGGUGGUAGAGAACCUUCCAAGGUACUGCUCACAUUGUUUCCGCCAAGGUCACGAUGUAGAGACUUGUCAUGUUGUAAAGCCCGAGUUGCGAGGAGCCUCUGGUCACCAUGCCAAGACUACUGGAACAACACAACUACGGUGGGCAAAGACGUCGAAUACAGACAUGCCUGAUGGGCCUUUGGAGGGUAAUGGAGAAAGGUCAUCAGUGUUGAUGCAAGAUGCGGCAGCGAUUGAUGGGGCAAAGGGAGAAGUUAAUGGGACUGUGGCUGGCAAAGAGCUAGUUGCUCACGAUCAGUCACCAGGUGGUACGUCUCACGGGCCUGAGCAAGGGGACCAGGUGCAGCAGUCCAGUGCUACUAUACCAGUGCAGCAGGAGAGGAAAACGGAGGCGGACUGUGGGACGGUGGCGGUCGAAGGUAUCGAGGCGGUGUUGCGACAUGAGAAAGGAGAGGAAGGUUCUGAGGAUGCGGGAAGUGGGUUGCCCGCGAGGGUGGUCGUGCGUUCUGCUGAAGGGCAAGUUGAAGACAUACAGGAUACUCAACAAAGGGUGGGUACCCUCUCCCCUAGGGGCAAGGAUCUUGUCCGACAGCAAGAGUCAUCACUAGAGACCAGGCAUAUAGACACGGGGGUGGUUUCUGGUACCCUGGAACAGGAAGAAGUGGUUCGUAAGGAGCAAAUGGAUGCAAGGUUGUGUGGUCUCCGGGCUGGUCUCCCGUCAGAUAGAACACUACGCUCCAUGAUUACUAGGGAGUCUCCCCAACAUUUAACUAUUAGAGUGCAAUCUCAUCUUUUCCAAGACUUCAUUAUUUUGUCUUAUAUACACGCGAAGUGUACGGAGUGGGACAGAGAGGAUUUGUGGAAUGCACUUUUGCGGGAUAAACCAGCCUUCAACCCUUGGUUUUUGGUGGGGAAUUUCAAUGUGGUCACAAAUACCGAGGAGAAGAGGGGUGGAUUGCCAUUUAGACCGUCGGAGGGAUCAGACUUUCUGAAUUUUAUGGCAGUGGCCGGUGUUAGUGAUGCGGGAUUCUCUGGAUCAAGAUAUACCUGGUGUAAUAAUCGUUUGGGAACAGAACGGAUCUGGAAGCGUCUGGAUCGCUUACUUCUGUGUGGGCGUGCUUUGGAGCUUCCGUACCAAAUCAUGGUGCAACAUUUAGGCCGUGACCGGUCGGAUCAUGCUCCCUUGUUGCUAUCGGUGGGUACGAGGGUAGACAACAAACCCAGGCCGUUUCGUUUCUUAAACAUCUGGACCACUCAUCCUAGUUUGCUGGGGGUUAUCAAGGAUUGUUGGGCUCAUCCAGUCAAUGGCUCUUCUUUGCAAAUAUUGGUCUUGAAGUUGAGAAAUGUUAAAAAUGCCCUCAAGCUAUGGUCUAGGACGAUAUUCAGGGAUAUUUUUGAAGGGGCACGUAGUGCAGAGCGUGUGGUAACCGAGGCUGAGACAGCAUACGACUUGGAUCCUACUGAGCAACGGCGGAGCGAGUUACACCAUGCUCGGGCUCGGUUGCACCGAGCGCUUGUAGUUGAGGAGGGUUUUUGGAGACAAAAGACGUGGGUGAGGUGGCUUUCGGACGGAGAUAGGAACACCAAAUAUUUUCACUCCUUGGUUACGGAAAGGAAACGUAGGGCAGUAAUUCAUCGAGUCAAGGGUACAGAUGGAGAGUGGAUCGAGGGGGAAUGCCAAAUUGGGGAGGCAGCGAUGGGUUUCUUUAAGGACCUUUUCACGGCAGAGAGGGAUCUUCCCUCCCUUACCGGUCUGGAGAUCAUACCGAAACUGAUAACGGACCAGGAAAACUCACGGUUAACGGACAUUCCAUCUCUUACAGAAGUUAAAAACAUAGUCUUUGCUAUGGAUGGAGAGAGCGCAGCAGGCCCGGACGGGUUUACCGGGAAAUUCUUUACCUUUGCUUGGGAUGUGAUGGCAUCAGAUAUAUACCGAGCGGUUGUCAGCUUUUUCUGCGAUGCUGAAUUACCUAGGAGUAUCACGGCUACCUCAAUUGUGUUGCUACCCAAAGUGGAGAACCCCCAAGAUUUUAAGCAUUUUCGGCCGAUCAGUCUGUGCAACUUUACUAACAAAAUCAUCUCCAAGCUGUUAUCCGCAAGGUUGGCGAUUACAUUACCCCCGAUUAUAUCUCCACAGCAAAGCGGGUUUGUCCAAGGGAGGCAGAUUACAGAUAAUUUCUUGUUAGCUCAGGAAUUAGUAGCCGAUAUCAGGAAAUCAAAUCGGGGUGGUAACAUGGUCAUCAAGUUAGAUAUGAUGAAGGCUUAUGAUAGAGUUUCAUGGCCCUUUCUCCUACAGGUGCUACUAUAUUUCGGAUUCAGUGAGACCUGGAUAGAUAUGAUCUGGAGCUUAAUAUCGAAUAUGUGGUUCUCGGUACUUGUUAAUGGCGGUUCGCACGGCUUUUUCAGAUCUUCACGGGGUUUACGGCAAGGGGAUCCCAUUUCACCAGCCUUAUUCGUUAUUGGAGUCGAGGUGUUGUCUAGAGCCCUCAACACGCUACUCACACAAAGGGGAUUUACUCCGUUUAAAGUACCUCCUCAUUGUCCUAUAAUUACGUAUUUAGCAUUCGCCGAUGACGUGAUUAUCUUUUCCAGUGGGGGCCAGUCAUCCCUACGUCUGAUUAAACGGGUUCUGGAUGAUUAUAGUGCAGUAUCAGGUCAGCGGCUCAACCCUCAGAAGAGUUGUUUCCUUACUCAUUCACGGGCACCAUCUCAGAGGGCAACGGUUAUUAACCAGAUAUUGGGGUAUAAUAAACGAGCCUUUCCGAUACGGUACCUUGGUUGUCCCUUGUAUGCCGGAAGGAUCAAGAAGGUUUACUAUACGGAUACAUACAAUGUGGUGGCGAAUCGAAUUUUGUCUUGGAGGAACCAGAUUUUAUCGCCAGGGGGCAGGGUGGUGUUGAUUCAGAACGUGCUAGCAUCUAUGCCAAUUCACUUGCUAGCAGCCGCGUCCCCUCCAAAAGGGAUAUUGAUGGUCAUAGAGAGAUUGUUCGCCAAGUUCUUGUGGGGAUCUUCGAAUUCGGGGGACAAGUUCCAUUGGAUACGUUGGGCAGAUCUGUGUCGGCCGAAGGAUGAAGGGGGUGUAGGCCUGCAGGGGUGCGUUUUGCGACAAGGUAGAGGUCUCCAUGAUCAUUCGGUGGUUGAUUUUAUAGAUCGGGGGGUCUGGAAUGUGGACAUGCUCCAUCAAUUCUUGGAUGGAGAAUUGGUUAGACAGGUUUUGGAGAUUGACCCUCCUACCGGUAGGGGCAAUGAUAGAAUGGUAUGGGCAUUGACGAAUUCGGGUAUUUUUUCCACUGCAUCGACUUACUCAUUGAACCGUCAAUCCAAUGACAGCUCUUGGCUUUUUGGCCGUAUAUGGCAGCAGGGUCUUCCAGUCAAGGUUUCUUUCUUUAUGCUACGACUAUUACAGGGGAGGCUUCCUCUUAUGGAUCGCCUAAAGAGGUUUGGAGUCUGUGGCCCAUCUAGAUGCUUGUGUUGUCAGAAUCCCCAGGAAGAGGACUUGAAUCAUGUGUUUUGCUCAAGAGAAGGGGCACGAUUGGUCUGGCGUCACUUUGAGAGUACUGUUGGUGAGUUUAGUGGGGUGCAUACGGUGCGUCACAUGGUGUGGUCUUGUUGGUUAAGGAGGGGGACUAAUGACCGUGUAAAGUUUUUACAGAAUAUACUUCCUUCGGUGGUAUGCUGGGUUUUGUGGAAGGCUAGGAAUGAAGGGGUGUUUGAAGAUCGGAAGAUGAGAAUCGGAGCUACGAUGGAUGCUCUCGGGGGAACCCAGGAAGGAGUGGGGGGUGGGCUUGUGCGGGAUGGUCGAGGAAACUUUGUAUUUGGCUACGCGGAGCCCUUCGGGGCGAUAACCAGCAUGCAGGCGGAACUUCGAGCGUUGCUAUGGGGCGUUAGACUUUGUGUGAUUCGAGAGUGCUUGGAGUUACACUUAGAGGCGGACUCUCUCACCCUGGUUCAGAUUGUUCAAGGGACUAGUGCUUGUCUUUGGCGUCUACAGAGAGAUCUGGAUGAGUUGAUGAUAUUCAAAUAG